CAAAUGUGCAUCUCGAGGGAAUGAGUGAACAAAGAAAUGUAAGUUCAAAAAGUGAGGUACAGCCUGAUCGAGGGAUAGAAAUUGCCAUUUCGUACCUCCACGAUUUACAUCAGCUGAAAUCAGAAAUAAGUGAAGGAGAGCGUGAGCAAUUGGACAAGCAAGAUUCAGAAACGCUGUCCCACCUGACUUCAACUGUGCCUUCAGGAUCAUCACUUUCAAGCUUGGAGACUGACUUUGACUUUGAGCAAUAUAAAACAUCUCAUACAUCCCCAUCUUUGAAAUUCUAUGAGCUCGAUGCAGGUAUGAUGUCCAACCUGUCAUCUUUGCAAUCAUCGCGUUCAAGUCGGGAGACUGACGUGGAGAAAGGCAAAAUAGGUCACGCAUCCCCAUCAUUGACAUCCUACAAGAAAUACUCAAUAAAACGUCCUGAGAGGAAGGAAAAGCAAGAUGAAACAGCAGCGAGUUCCACAGAACCUUCACUUUCUCAGAAUGUGGACAUUCCGAGGCCCCGAGGAAAAGACAAGGGCAUCUCAGAGGAAGAUCAGCGUUUACCCACAAUAGACUUGGUAUCUGGUGAAGGGGUUGAUGAAAAGUGUCACAUGUUUGCACUGAAAGGUCCUUGA